AUGGGUGUUCCAGCCGAGCCGUGCCCCGGAGAUCAGAUCCCGCCGCAGCUGGCGCGUCACCAGCCCCGCCCGGCCCUGCGGCGGAGCCGCCCUGAGCACCGCCAAGUGCCCCCCCUGCCCGGCACCCCGGCCAGGUGGGCCGAAUUAGAAUUUCUGCAGUGCAUUGCAAUUUCCUGCCUUGUCCUUGCAGCAAAAACCAAUGAAGAUGAAGUAAUACCAUCGGUGCAGAUAUUAGCAGUGCAAAGCAGGUGUAAACACUUUCCAGCUGAGAUCUUGAGAAUGGAAAAAAUUAUACUGGAUAAGCUUCAGUGGGAUCUUUACACAGCAACACCAAUGGAUUUCUUAAACAUUUUCCACGCCAUGGUGAUGUCCAGCUGGCCCCAUCUCCCACCCAGACUGCCUCAGAGGAAUCCUUCCCUCCACGUUGCACUCUUGACUAAGCAGCUGCAGCACUGUAUGGCCUGCCACCAACUCGUGCAGUUUAAGGGCUCCACGUUGGCUUUGGUGAUCAUCACCUUGGAGCUGGAGAGGCAAACUCCUGGUUGGUUUCCUGUUAUUAUUGAUCUGCUAAAAAAAGCACAGGUGAACAGCACUGAAUUAAUCCACUGCAAAGAGCUUGUGGAUCAAGAGUUAAUGUGCUUGCAGCCACCCAAUGCUGUUUAUAUUUUCUAUCCCAUCAGCCAAACUGCGCAGGGCCAUCCCAAGGCAAGGCUACCUUGCCAUCACCCUUCUGAAUGGAAGAGUUCCCAUGAAGGGAGGUUGAGGGUCGGCUGUAAGCCAGCCUGUUUCAGCACCUUUCACACCCACUACACAGCCCAAAUUCCUGAUCAAACCAUUGAGACUGAAGAAUGCUGUGAUGGAUUCAGACACCUGCACAGUGAGGAUGAGGAAGUAAGUGCUGGGAGGAUGAACAGAGGAGGCUCAUGCCCUCAACUGAGCUGCCCCUGCCCUCCCUUACAACCACCCAAAAAGGACUAG